GCAGUAAAGAGACCGCGAUCGCGGAAAAGAAGAGGAACUCUAGUUAUACGUUCAUUUUCUUCCGGAAUGUUUUUAAUGAGGCACCGAUCCCGGCACAUUCAACUAAGUGCAGGGCAACUUUAACUCCAGUCGGUUUAAAAUGUCGGUCACAUUGCAUACAGACCUCGGGGACAUGAAAAUCGAGCUGUUCUGUGAGCGGACUCCUAAAAGCUCUGAGAAUUUUCUAGCCUUGUGUGCAAGUGGUUUCUACAAUGGCUGCAUCUUUCAUCGAAACAUUAAAGGCUUUAUGGUCCAGACAGGAGACCCCACAGGGACAGGAAAAGGAGGAACAAGUAUUUGGGGAAGAAAGUUUGAAGAUGAAUUUAGCGAACAUUUGAAACAGCACAAUGUCAGGGGGGUGGUGUCCAUGGCAAAUAACGGACCUAAUACCAACGCUUCGCAGUUCUAUUUCACCUACGCCAAACAGCCUCACCUGGACAUGAAAUACACAGUGUUUGGAAAAAUAAUCGAUGGUUUAGAGACUCUGGAUGAGUUGGAGAAACUCCCCGUUCACGAAAAGACGUUUCGGCCUUUGACUGAGGUCCACAUUAAGGAUGUGACUAUUCACGCAAACCCGUUUGCAGUUUAAGGCUCUGUGGAUCAGGAUGAUCUGUAAGGACAGUUCUUCAAAAAUAAAGAGGUUUAAUGUUUGUACAGAACACUUUGGAAUUUUUAAAACCUUGUGAUAAGUUGUGUAUUUUUAUAUGCAUUUUUCCCUUCUGUUUAUGUUCUUUGAUUUCAGAUAGUGACUGGAAUCGUGUGUCAUUUAAAAAAAAUAAAAAUAAAAAAUAAGAUAAACAGAAAUUGUGUAGAGUUUUGUCUUUAAUUUCUCAGCUCAGUUUUAUAGGAAUGAAUGCCAAAAAACCCACUUGAAAUAUGUACUUGACUUAGUUUCUUUGUAAGCACCAAUUCAGUACAUCUUCCACUGCCUCCUUCCUGUUUCUGUUAAACAGGUUUAGCUUUUUGCACUCAUAGUUGAUGACACACACUUGUUGAUAUAAUCAUCCCCAAGUCUGAGACAUGGUUUUGUGGCUUUAUUCUUCCCAAAAGCAGUGAUUCAAGUAUUCAAGGCUAUUUCACAUAUUUCAGAUAUCAUCACAGGGAGUCUUUCCUUGCCACCGUCGCUGCAGGCUUGCUCAUUAGGGAUA